UCCGAGUUGCCGUCUUAGAGCUACAGCUAUGAACAAACUGUUGGGAGAAUGUAUUAACGUUUACUGACAAAGUAUGGAUUUCAGCAAACAAAGAAAGGCACGCAACUACAGACAACAAACAUAGGUACACGAUGUUUCAGAGUCCACAAUGACCGCAGGUCCAGAACACCGCUCCGUGUUUGAGUACUGUCUUCAAGACUCUGCUCUACAGGAGGUCAGAGAAGUUACCAGUGUUCAUGAGCCUCCUGUACACACCAAGAAUCCACCACACAGUCAUGGAGUGACUGUGUGCCCCAAGGAGGAUCUCCAGGAUGAUAAACAGCCAGAGAGCAGCCUGGGUAGAGAUGUGUCUGACAGGAUGGUGUGCUCGGCCUGCCAGUGCCCCUUCGACACCCGGGAGGAGCAGAUGGAGCACUACAAGCUUGACUGGCACCGUUUCAACCUGAGGCAGAGACCAUCUGGUAAAGCACCAGCCACAGUGGAGGAGUUUGAGAGGAAGACUGGUGGAGGAGACAUGUCUAGCAUCUCAGGUUCUGACUCGGAGGACGAGGAACCAGACAGUGACUGGGUUGUAGAGAACACCGAGGCUGCUCCUCUACAGAAGGACCACAGUGUUCUAGAAGCGGAAUCCUUCGGUCGCCUCUCCAACCGGGUCGUGUUCCAGAACUCUCAGGGGCAGUACCUGGCUGUCUACCGCUGUGUUCUGCAGAGCAAGUCUGCCAUAGAGGAAGACCUGGUGGCCUCUCUACAAAGUCUCAGUAACAAGACUAUGUGGGUCAUUCUGAUGGCAGGUGGUGGACACUUCGCUGGAGCCGUGUUUCAAGGGAGAGAGGUGUUGCAGCACAAGACGUUCCAUCGGUACACUGUGAGAGCCAAGCGGGGGACAGCCCAGGGUCUGAGAGAUGCUAAGAACAGCAGUCAUGCUCCUAAAUCAGCCGGAGCUGCCCUGAGGCGAUACAACGAAUCUGCGCUCGUCAAGGAGAUCCAGGACUUACUGGACAGCUGGUCUGACCACCUGACUGACGCCAGUGCCAUCUUCCUGCGUGCGCCCAGCCAUAACAAAACCCUGUUCUUGGGGGGUAAAGCGGCUCCGCUGGUGAAGAGGGACCCUCGGAUCAGAACACUGCCCUUCCCCACACGCAGAGCCACCUUCAGGGAGAUAAAGAGAGUACACGAUGUCCUCUCCACUCUAAAUAUAUAUGGUAAAGACACUGACAUCUCCGACAUCCUGAGUCCUUCUAACAAAGUGUGGAAGAAGGCACGUACACCUGUGGCUCAGCCAGAACCUUCCCAGGAGACAACAGCACCCCUAGUGGAGGAGGAGGAGAGUUCAGGAGAGGAGCUGGAGACGGUGGAGGUGACUCUGGGAACUCUGGACCUCCGGGAGCAUGAGAUCUACCCUGCCAGGAGGAAGAAGAGGAGACGCAGGACAGAGGACAGAGGUCUAAGUAACAGGGAAGCUGUGGGGUCUCCUGCUGCUCCUGAAGACAGUAACCAGGAGAGAGGAGGAGAGAGAAACCAGGGGAGGAGGAAACCCAAGGGGAAGAUGACGAUACAACAUGAAGAGGAGGAGCCUGAUGAGUCCUGGGACUAUGGCCUGAGGGAUGCUCUCUACACCGCCUGUAAGACUGGAGACCUGGACACCCUCAUCAGACUGUUACCAGUGAGGAGGGGAGAGGAGGGGGACCAGGAUGGACAGAGAGAGGACCAGGGAGACCGGGAUGGACAGAGAGAGGACCAGGGUGUUCAGAGUGAGGACCAGGGUGCAAAGCAAGAGGGAGAGAAGAAUCAGGGAGAGUUGAAGGAGAGCUGCUCUUCCAAGGCCCCUGCAGCCCUGAGUCCACUAGCCCUCCUCAACCAGCCCAAAGACCCUGCAGCCCAGAGUCCACUAGCCCUACUCAACCAGCCCAAAGACCCUGCAGCCCAGAGUCCACUAGCCCUACUCAACCAGCCCAUAGACCCUGCAGCCCAGAGUCCACUAGCCCUACUCAACCAGCCCAUAGACCCUGCAGCCCAGAGUCCACUAGCCCUACUCAACCAGCCCAUAGACCCUGCAGCCCUGAGUCCACUAGCCCUACUCAACCAGCCCAAAGACCCUGCAGCCCAGAGUCCACUAGCCCUACUCAACCAGCCCAAAGACCCUGCAGCCCAGAGUCCACUAGCCCUACUCAACCAGCCCAUAGACCCUGCAGCCCAGAGUCCACUAGCCCUACUCAACCAGCCCAUAGACCCUGCAGCCCAGAGUCCACUAGCCCUACUCAACCAGCCCAAAGACCCUGCAGCCCAGAGUCCACUAGCCCUACUCAACCAGCCCAUAGACUCCUCAGGCUUCACUCUGCUUCACGUGGCCUCCGCAGCAGGGCAGAAAGGAGUGGUCCAGCUGCUGAUGGAUGCAGGCAGCGACCCGGCAUGCAAAGAUCUGACUGGCCAGACUCCCUACAUCGUUGCUCCUGACAAGGACACCAGGAACGUGUUUAGGAAGUACAUGGCUGAUCACCCUGACAAAUACAACUACAGCAAGGCUCUGGUUCCUGGUCCGCUGACGGCCGAGUUGGAGUCCAAGAAGACGGAGAAGAAAAGGGCUCAGAAAGCGGCCAAGAAAACGAGGGAGAAAGAACAGAAAGAACAAAGGAAGAGACUAGAGAUGGAGGCUGAGGAGAAGAAAAGAUUUGCCUCCUUAAGCGAUCGAGAGAAGAGAGCACAGGCUGCAGAGAAGAGGUUGGCAGAGCAUCAGUCCUCAACAGGGGAGACCUUUCAAACACCAGGCGGUGUUGGCAGUGUGGGGAGUCCCUGGUGGGAAAGGUUCCGUUUCAGUACCUAGACUUCAGCUUCUGCACCCCUCGCUGUGUCCAGGAGCACCGCAAGGCUAAUGUGGCUAACAGGAGCAGGGCAGGAAACUGACUUUCAUGUUGUACCGCCACAACCCUACCAUACUGUUGCCACUUCACUAUAGAAGCCUCAGGCCUACUAAUCUAUUGUUGGUUGGUGGGGACAGAGCACGCAGACCCAGAGACCGAACUGAACCAAGCCACAGACCUCAGUCAAUCUGCAGGGCCCAGUGAUCUUAAUCCCAUCUGAUAGGAUUAAAAUGCACAGAAAUUGAAUUAAUGUAACAUACGAAUGGGGACUCCUGUUCUAUUCAUUAUAUUUCUAUGCAUUUAAUCCCAUCAAAUAGGCCAAAAUCCAGAUGGAUAAUUUUAGAUGAACUCCGAGACGAGCAGCUUUGUUACGAUUCAGUUUAACUCAGAAGAUCUGCCUUGUAGCACCGUUGGAAAUGUGAAAGGUCAUUUUCCGAUUUGAGCCUUGAACAUGCAGCGUUUACCGUGAAAGCUGGUUGCCUUUUAAAUGGAGCUGAUCGUUUCAGGAGAAAAGGCAGAGCUGGGGUCUGAACCGGGUGAACUGGUGUCAAAUGAAAUCACUGUUGGUGUGGAAUGGAAUAAUAAACCAUAUGAAUUCAGCUGAACGUGUGAUGAUGAGACUGUUUAUUCAUGUACACAGUGUUUUCAUGAAAUAGGUAUAUAGUAACGUGCCAAAACAUAGACAGUAUCUGACAGAAGCACAGCAACUCAUGUUAUUAAACCAUGUCAAAACAA